AGCCGAGCGCGCAUAUUGUCAAUUCGCCAACAUCUUCCCCUAUCGGCAAGCUCGUUGCGUUCGGAUCGAGGGAACCAUGUCCUGCUGGGACAGUGCCGAUACCUCGAGUUCGAAAGGAAGACUUAAUAAGGGCUAGAUCUCUCCUUAAUAACCCUUCUCCUUUUGUCAGCAUGGACAAUGAUGUUCCGUCGCAUCAUAUGGUUUCUAUACUGGUGGACGACCUGGACACCAAAUACGGAGUCGAUGCACAUCUAUCCGUCUAUAAUUUGACAGUCGCGGAAGAUCAAUUCAGUGGGCAUAGACUUCACAUUGAAAAUGGUCCGUCGGAUCAUGUGAGCGCGAUCUUUGCAGGAUGGGCAGUUUAUCCAAGCUUGAAUGGUGAUGGUCUCACACGGUUUAUUACGUACUGGACGGGGGAUGGCUUUCGCAAUGGGUGCUUCAACAUCUUGUGUCCAGGGUUCGUGCAAAUACAUAGGACACUCACACCUAACAGUCCCAUCACUCCGACAUCCACAUACGGCGGACAACAGUACGAGAUUAGAGUCCAUGUUGAGCAGGACCCUGGUACCGGGAAUUGGUGGCUCGUUGUGAACGGAGACAUCGCUGUCGGGUAUUGGCCAAAGGAGCUGUUCGUCAACUUAGGCGACGGAGGCAAGAGAGUGUCCUGGGGAGGAGAAGGAUUCUCCGGGAAAACAAAAAAUUUGCCCUCCGUUGGGAAGCGGGCACACGCCGGACGGCAAGUACGACCACGCCACGUUUUUCCGCCAGAUCUAUUACGUGACGGGGUCCAACAGAAACCAAACUCCUCUGGCCGUGUUUGAGUGGGUGGACAAGUCGAAGGUUUAUGGCCUAAAAAAUGACAUGUAUAUACCCAAAGAAGGAUUUGGGUAUAGCUUUACGUAUGGAGGUCCAGGGGGUACUUGUGAUUAGUUGAUGUCUAACUAGUGAAGAGGCUGCAUAUUAUAUGAAGCUAGGUGUGUUAAUCAAUAAUUUGCAAAUGCAAAGUUGUGUGGCGAUGUAGAAA